AUGAUAUGUGAUUAUUCAGUCAUCAAGAAGAGUUUUUUGCUGCUGGUCGGGCAGAUAGCCGACGGUAUCUGUACGCCUCUGAUCGGCUAUGAGUCCGACCGAACCCCCGGCUGUGGGAACUAUGGCAAGAGGAAGACGUGGCAUUUAGUCGGUACUCUCAGCGUGGUACUGUCCUUCGCCUUCAUCUUUAACCAGUGUCUGGGCUGCGACUCUUUCACUCCUCAGUGGGCCAGUUUGAUCUACUUUGUCCCGUUCAUCGUCAUUUUUCAGUUUGGCUGGGCCGCCACGCAGAUCUCCCACCUGUCUCUGAUUCCAGAGCUGGUCACCUGCCAACACGCUAAAGUGGAGCUCACAGCGUACAGGUAUGCGUUCACAGUGAUCGCCAACAUCACAGUGUAUGCCGUGGCUUACCUGCUGUUCCACCUCCAGGCCGGAGGAGACGACGACCCGCUCAGUGACGCGCUCGGACCCAUAGACAUCCCCAUCUUCAGGGUGGCUUUGCUCUACAUGUCCACCAGGCUAAUAGUCAAUCUGUCUCAGACGUACAUCUCAAUGUAUCUCAUCAACACUCUGGGGCUGCCCAAGAAAUUCAUUGCAACAAUCCCACUGGUGAUGUACCUGAGUGGCUUCCUGUCCUCUUUCAUCAUGAAGCCUCUCAGUAAACUCAUUGGAAAAUGUCUCACCUACUUUGUCGGCCUGCUGCUGAUCAUGGCCUUCUCCUACUGGGUGCUGCUGGACGCCAAGAUGGGUCAGCAGGUGUACGGGGCGGCGGUGCUGCUGGGGGCCGGGUCAGCCACCAUCCUGGUCAUAUCGCUCUCCAUGACGGCCGAGCUCAUCGGUGACCAGACGCAAAGCGGAGCGUUUGUGUACGGAGCCAUGAGCUUCACUGAUAAGGUGGCUAAUGGAGCGGCUGUGAUGAUCAUUCAGGCCCUGCAUCCCUGCCAUACUGUGGUUUGCUGUCCGGCCUGUGUGUGGUUCUAUCAUUACGUCAUGGUCAUCGUGACGGGAGGCGUCGCUUUCAUCGCAGCUUUGGCUCUUUGCACCAUCCUCAUCUGGCCCAUCAAGAUCCGACUACGUAAUGCAGCAGUCGUCUCUGAAGAUGCAGCCAGAGUCAACUAA